GGGGGAGGCGCCGUGCCCGCACCGCCCUCCCCGCACGGCGCCGGGCGGAGCCAGCGCGCAACGGGGCCGCACCGGGGCGCACCGGAUCCGGUGCCGGGAGCGCUUUUAGGGCCGGUUAUAGGGCCGGGCACAGCCAUGCUGAGCCGCCUGGGUGCUCUCCUGCAGCAGGCGGUGGAAACGCGGGAGCCCAGCGUGGACCUGCUGGAGGCGUUCACCGAGCACUGGAAGGGCAUCACCGGCUACUACCUGGAGGCUACGGACGAGAGCAUCCCCGCCAAGCAGACCGACAUCCCCUGGCGCCUCAAGCAGAUGCUGGACAUCCUGGUGUACGAGGAGAAGCAGCGGCCGGCGGGGGAGGCCGGGCCGUGCCUCGAGUACCUGCUGCAGCACAAGGUCCUGGAGACCCUCAGCACGCUGGGCAAGGCGGAGUACCCCCCCGGGAUGAGGCAGCAGGUCCUCCUCUUCUUCAGCCGGGUGCUGGGCCAGGUGCAGCACCCUCUCCUGCACUACCUCAACGUGCACAGGCCGGUGCAGAAGCUGCUGCAGCUCAGCGGGCACCCCCUGGGCUCGGGCACGGAGAAGGAGGAGGCGCAGUUCGCGGCCGUGCUCUGCGCCAAGAUCCAGCAGGAUCCCACCCUGCUGGCCUACAUCCUGGAGGGUAAGAGCAUCCUGAACGGAAGGAAGGCUCAGGAGGUACCGGGCAGCCCCGAAGGAGAGGGUGCAGAGCAUCCCCUGGGCGCUGCCACCGGCUGCCACCCGGCACGGAGGGACAGCAACCUCGUCACCUCCUUGGUGGGGCUGUGCAAGAGCCAGAAGAGCAGGGUCGCGCUGAAGGCUCGGGAAAACUUGCUCCUGCUCGCGGGGCUCGCCCAGGAGGCGGCCGCAGCCUGCCUGGUGCGCAGCAGCGCCCUGUGCCAGCUGCUGACCGAGCACCUCUGCGACCUCCACGGCGCCGUGCCCCCCUGCGCCGACCCCGCCGACGUCCUCGCCAUGGAGAGGGCCAGCUGGAGGUCGCAGGGUGGUGCUGGCGGUGACGGGGACUUCCCGGGGAAGGAGAGCCUGGUCGCUUUCUUCUGCUGGCUGGAUUUCCUGGACGAGCUCGUGGCGGGCGCCCACCCGCUCGUGGCCGGCGCCCUCACCGAGGCCGUGGAGGAAAAGUUCUUCCAGGGCGUCCUGCAGCCGCAGCUGCUGCAGAUGUCGGAGCUCGCCGUGCUCAGCGCCACGGCCGUGCUGACGGGCACGGUGCGGCAGCUCCGCGCGCCCCCCCUGCUGCACCGCCUCGUGCUCUUCCUGCUGGGGCCCGAGCGGCACCCCGAGACCCCCGGGGACACCCCCCACCCUCUGCGCGCCCACCUCAUCGACCGCUGCAACCACCUCUCCGACGAGAUCAGCCUGGCCAGCCUGCGGCUCUUCGAGGAGCUCCUGCGGGCGCCCCACGAGCACGUGGUGCUGAGCCUGGUGCUGAGGAACCUGGAGGCGCGGGGCUACCUCCAGCGCGGCCCCCCCGGGCCCGACGAGCGCGGAGCCCCCGAGCCGGACCCCGAUGAGGACCCGGAGGAGGAUGAGGAGGAUCCCUACUUCACCGACGGCUUCCCCGAGAACGGCUUCGGGAUGGCGAAAAAGCCCCCGGGGGGACCGUCCCCCCCGGGGAAGGGGCACGUGAGCGAGGUGGUCAGCAGCUUCCUCUGCCUGGUCCCCGAGGAGGCGAAGACCUCCUCGUGCCUGGAGGAAGGCGGCUACGACACCUACGUGCACGACGCUCUGGGCACGGUCCAGGCGAGCCGCAGCAAGGCGGCCUCGUGGGGGUGGCCCCCGGCUCCCCGGCCCCUCGAUGCCUGCCCCCCGGAGGGGCAGUUUUACGAGGGGCAUUUCCUC